GGGCGCGGGCGCGGGGCGGGCGCCCCCGCGGGAGAGCCGGAGGCCGCACCGGGACGCCGGCGGCGAAGGUGACCCGGACGCGGGGCGGGGCCGCAGGCGGAGCCGCGGCGCAGCGCGACAAUGGCCAGCGCGGCGGCCGGACUGCGCGCCGUGGGCAGCCGGGCCGCGGGUGCAGAGCUGAGGUGGAACCAGAUCAGGGUGUUCUCUUCUUGGCUGGACAAAUGGAUUCCAAGGAAGAAGCCUCUGGUUGCUCAAAAAAAGCCCAUUAAGGUGUUCCUGAAGGCAGGGAAAACAUAUAAAUGGUGUGUGUGUGGCCGAAGUAAGAACCAGCCCUUCUGUGACGCCUCCCACCUCUUCCAGGCAACAGGCCUGUUCCCUCUCAGGUUCAAAGUUGAAGAAGACCGUUCAGCCUUUCUUUGUGCCUGCAAGGCAACCUCGAAGCCCCCCUACUGUGACGGCACUCACAAGAGUAACCGGGUACAAAAUGCCCAGGAGGGCUCCUCACUCUGAGUGGUCCCACAGCAGAGGCCUUAGGUUUGGGUUGGCGACCUCCCUUCCAGGCACCUUGAAGGGCUCACCCAUUCUUGGGAGCCUGCCUGCCAUCCCACCAAGAGAUCCCCCCAAGACCCUUCUAUUCCUCCACACCCCGGCCUAGACUCUACUUGUCUCCCUGGAGGUGGGAGGCUUUUGGUGUCAUUGUCUGGAUUUGAUCUCUUGUCCUGUUGUUGGAGUGUAAGGAUUCUUGGUCCCCUCCCCCCACAGUCUAGAACCCAGGAGCAAUGUAUUCAUCCCCAUCGGGCACCAUUAAAUAUACUUAGAAAUGGU